GCUCCGACGCAGCGGAGGUCGCGAGGCUGCUGGUGAAUUACAAUUGGGAUACGAAGCCACCAUGAACGAGAGGCAUUUUCCGUGUAUGACCGGUUGCGGCACGUUUUAUUAACUAAAGCUGUGUUCUUGGGGGGAUUUCAGCCCGUGGUCCAACGCAGGAAUGAUUUUUCUCGGCUUGGUUUUGCUACAGAGGACCAUGGAGACCUCCGAAGGCAUCGGUCAUGCUCUCUGGAUUUGUCUCUAGAUACCUGAGCAGAGGUGCAGUGGCUCCCCCUGAUGGUACCUGGUGUAAUCUGAUCUAGGAGACACCCAUGCUUAUCUACUGCUGACUUGCUAGAAAUGCAACAACUGACUCUCCAUCUCAAGACAACAUAUGGCUGAUACUGCAAGGUGAGGGCGUGGUUGGGAGUGUGAGUUGUAAAGUCCCCAGAAUCACAUCACAUGGAGGUCAAAGGACAUCUGAUCACAUCCAUGGGUUUGGGGGCUCCUGAUGUUCAAGGCAGCCAGGACAACAAGCUGCAGGCUGAGAGGAUUGCAGCUUUGCAGGAGAGGAAGCAGGCCCUGGAGGCUCUCCUCAACACCAGAGUGGGAGAGCUCAGACAAGUCUGUUUGCAGGAAGCGGAACUGACUGGGAAGUUGCCAUGUGCUUUCCCCCUGGAGACGGGAGAGAAACCCCCACUGGUGCAACGCAGAGCUGGCCUGGUGCCCAACACCAAGGCAGAGGAUGACGCUGCCCAGAGAAAGCAGAUGAAAACCAUCUUCACUGGUGCCCUGUAUAGACACUCAGAAUCAGACAGAAAUGCCCCAAAUAGCAAAAGGACAGUUCAUCGGGGCUGUCACACAGAGGACACUGUCAUGUCAGAGAGUACAAGCUCCAUGUCAGAUUCAACAUCCCACGACAACGAGUCUUCUCCCAGCGUGGCCGCUGACCAGCGCUCUCUGUCUCAGCCCCGGCUCACAGUGGGCAGCCCUGACCACAGGAUCAGUAGGAAGCUGUCUCCAGUAGAGAUUUACUACGAGAUGAGGACACGCCGCAACUCUGUCACAAGCUCUGUUAGCCCAACUCACUCUUUACCAAGAAGUGCAUCUAACGUAGAAGGUAGAAGUGUUCCAGCGACUCCUCUCUUGGCCCGAACUGCUCCAAUCAGCGUUCAUGUCAGGUCGGAUGCAUCGGGGGGUAACGGGUUGAAGCAGUGGUCUGGCAGCCUGGAUGUGCCAUAUAUGAUUCCACUGGCCCAGGAAGGCUCUUCCUCUGACCGCCGAGGCUGCCCGUAUAGCUCCCGGGCCAGGCGCAGUAACAGCUCAGAGGCCCUGUUAGAUAGAUCGAGCCUCCCUGAUGAUCCAGCACCCAGAAACGGGAUGCCCCCCAGAGGAGGACCCUACAAGAGCUCAGAGACGCUGACUGAUGGCAAGCUGCGACACAUUCACCUGGGCAGCCCUGAGAGACAUGUGGACAGCUCUGUGGAACAGGCCAAAUUGCGUCUGUCCAUGGGUGGCAGAGGAGCAGGGGGAGGCUACAAUGAGCUAUUAAUGGACUACAUCUGGGGGAAACAGCAGAGGAUGCAAGUGCUACACCACCAGUACCAGUCCACGGGCAGGAUCUGGCAGGACAUGUCCUCUCCUCGCUCCUCCACAGCAGUGGUGCCCCCCCACACCAACGGCUUUUCUCAUUCCCAGGUGCAUCUCCCCAGCGCUGCACCUCCUUACAGCCCCAUGGUCCUCCGAGGGUCCCAAGCCGAGCUGCGCAGGGUCAAAGUCACCAGAACCAAAUCUUGUGGACCCUUUAUUCCUCUGCAGCAACACCCUCAGGAUGCAAUCCUAUUAUCAGCAUACGAGUCUCCUCUCCCUGCCUCUGGCACCACUACAUCCUCCAUCCCCAACCUGCACCCCUACCAGACUGAGCUGUCUGGCCCCUCCUUCAGUCGCAGGCCCCCACAAUUCUCACUCCCUACCCCAGAAGACUCAACCAGAAGCCUACAUAAAGCCCUGGCUCUGGAGGGGCUAAGGGACUGGUACCUGAGGAACGCCCUCGGCUAUCCACCUGCUGCCUCAAAGAGUCAUGAGGCAGGGAUCUCUCGCCUCUCACACCCCCAUCCACUGGUGCACCAGGCCCAGUCUGUUCAAGGUGAAGCAGCCAACGUCCACAGGCCUCAGAUACCCCAGUCAGCCAGCUUCCACGGUCUCCCACUGCAUGGCAGGUCGAUGGAGUUCUCACUCUAUCAGGAGACUCCACAGAUGCAAGAGACCCCGAAAGAACCCAGCGCAGACCCAGGCACCCUAGUCUGACGCAGCAGAUCACACAUACACACUCUACAUUAUAUGAGCAAAAACACUGUAGCCUCUCACACGCACUCACUCUCAGACAGACUGAUACAAUGUGACCUCAAUUGCAAAGCAAAACACGGCAACCUCAGCAGAAAGAGACUGGAAUAAAUGACAAACUGUAGCUGUGCAGUGUGAAAAAGCCUUGGCAAGUUCCCCGUGUUAUAACUGAUUCCACCUGUAUGAAAUUCAGACCCAGUGUUCCCAUGUGGAUGUGCACUGGUGUUGAAGUAUCUAUCAACAAUAUGGUCAUGCUGUACUUAAUAUAUCAAUAUUUCUGGUCCAACAUGAGCAGUGAAAUCCUUCGUAAUAACCCUGAAAAGUCUCCCAAGAUAUACUUUUUUAC